UAUUUUAGUCAAAACGUGAAAUUCGACAUACGCGGAUAUUCGAGUUACGCGGAUUCGUCGGGAACGCAGAAACCGCGUAACUCGGGAACAGACUUAAUAUCAAAAUGGGUAUAGGCACGGUGGAAUAUAGAGGAGGUGUCUUCUUAGCGUUUGGCAUGUUGCUAUUUUGAGAUUCAGUUUGACAACAGUCGUCGAUAUUUGUUUACAGGCAGCAGCCGCAAUAUCACGUUGAAAAUGCCGAUUUAUAAAGUGUGCAUGCAAAGUACAAGUUUGUUGUGCUAUACAAAUAUUUAUUGAACGAAAACAAUUCAUUUAUCAUACUUGUAAACCAGCAACAUUCGUCGUUUUUGACAACUGCCGUCGAUCCUGGUUUUGUGCUUUUUUCUAAAGCCUUGAUGGCCAAAUGUUCUGUAUGACGACACCUCCUUUCUAACCACUUUGCCCAAAAAUCAUCCUGCAAUGUAAAUACUUCAUCGUAAAACUUGUAAAGUUGUUUGGUAUAUUGGCUAAACGGUAAAAUGGACCUUCUUAGUUCAAUAUUGGGAUCAAUGGAUCGACCUCCAUCAAAGCAACAAAAGGGCACUAACAUGUAUGAAAAACAAAGAAAGGAGUAUGAAUGCGUGAAAAACAGGCAACGUGAGGAAUUAAAUCGAUUUCGAACGUAUGUAGAAGAACGCUUAGGGCGAUUUAUGAAGGAUGAAAAUCGGCAUAAUUUAGAAUUUCAAUCGAUGGAUAAAGUUCACCGAUCCAUAGUGCAUGAUGUGUCAGAAACGGCUGGGCUUUCAGGAAUGAGUUUUGGAAUGGAAGGCGAACGAUAUAUAGUAGUGUACAAAAAAGAGCAUCUUCCAUGUGAAGAUGAGCUGAAUGCUCGAAAAAACGGUGAAGUCUGGAACGAAGAAACUGCUGCACAGUAUGCCGAAAAACGUCGAUUAAAGCAUUUGAAGCAAUCGGGUGACACAAAUGAUUUACAUAUAACGAGAGCUGAAAAGUUGACACCAGUUUCCAGCUGCACUAAGAAAUACAUGCAACUUUUCAGUGAAGAAGUGAAAAUGGAAAAUGUUCGUAAAACUGAAAUCAAUGCAUCAUACGGAUAUGUGCCUAGUGCAAACAAAAAAGACGUACGCUCAAUUGAACAAACAAUGGCAGACAUACUAACGAAGAAACGACUUAAAACUCACCAUAAAGAACCUGAGGAAGGGCCAUAUUCGACUGAAGUAUCUUCGCAGGCAUCAAGACAUAUCCCAGGCGCCACAGAUAAAGCUUAAACGACUAGAAAAUCAAAUAUCGGGGCCCUUCACGAUUCUAGUUAGUUUUUUGUAUGGAGUUUGACAGUUGGAGGCUGAAAUCAUGUAAACACUCCAUACAAAACCAU